AUGGCAGCUCGUGUUAGCAACACCUACACCCAGGAACACGAACAAGAACAACAGUUUUUGUCUUUGAAGACGAGUUACGACUCGUCGGACAAUGUGUCCAACUAUGAUAGUGGGACGGAAGAGUGCUAUGAUGGGAAGAAGCUUGCCAAAGAGAUGAUUGGAGCUGCGCUGCAGAAGCAUAUCAGGACCGUCAACCCGCAUGAGUGCGAGGAUGGAGCCGAGGACGCGUUCUUCGUGGCCGACCUGGGAGAGGUCUACCGCCAGCAUAUGCGCUGGACGAAGCAUUUGAAGAGGGUCACGCCGCACUACGCGGUCAAGUGCAACCCUGACCCGACUGUGAUCCGCCUGCUGGCCGCCAUGGGAACUGGUUUCGAUUGUGCGAGCAAGACCGAGAUUGAGCAGGUGUUGAAGCUCGGUGUGGACCCGGAGCGCAUCAUCUACGCGCAGCCGUGCAAGACGAAGAGCUACUUGCGAUACACGGCAAACCAGGGGGUGAAGCAGAUGACUUUCGACAACACCGACGAGCUGUACAAGAUCAAGCAGAUUGCUCCGGAGGCUGAGCUGUACCUGCGCAUCUUAACCGACGACUCGGCCAGCUUAUGCAGGCUCAGCCAGAAAUUUGGCGCGAGCAUGGAGAACACUCAGGAGCUGCUUUCACUUGCGAAGGACUUGGAUCUUAACGUCGCAGGCGUGGCCUUCCACGUCGGCUCCGGCGCCUCCGACCCCAGCGCCUUCAUCAAAGCCGUACAAGACGCUCGCACGGUCUUCGACCAAGCCGCCACGCUCGGCCACAGCCUCCACACGCUCGAUGUCGGCGGCGGCUUUUCCUCGGACACCUUCGAAGAAAUGGCCGCGGUGCUUUCCAAAGCUCUCGACGACUACUUCCCACCCUCCGUCCGCAUCAUCGCUGAACCGGGACGCUACUACACCAGCUCCGCCUUCACGAUCGCAUGCAACGUCAUCGCACGCCGCACGGUCGAGGACAAGAGCCGAGGCGUCAAGAGCUACAUGCUCUACCUCAACGAUGGCGUCUACGGCAACUUCAGCAGCAUCAUGUUCGAUCACCAACACCCUGUCCCACAAGUCCUCUCCACCGUGCGUCGACCAGAUGGCUUCAAUUACAGCGCCGACUCGCUCACUGACUCCGGGUACACGUCCGCCGAAGACUGCUCUCCAGGUCCGAGGGACGGAAAGAUGAUCGAGUACUCUAUCUGGGGCCCGACCUGCGACGGGAUCGACUGCAUCUCCGAGAAGUGGACGAGUCCCGAGACGGUGGAUGUCGGGGAUUGGUUGUACUUUGAGGAUAUGGGUGCUUAUACCAAGUGCUCGGCGACGAGAUUCAAUGGAUUCACCGAUCAGCACAAGACGAUUUAUGUUAGCAGUGAGGCGGGGGUUGCUGGGUUGAUUGGGUUUUAG